ACAAACGAGAAUCCACAAAUUCACUGGGGAAAAAACAUGUUUUGAUUUUUCAAUACAGAUUUUUACGAUCGCUUUGCUGCGAUGCUUUAUUGCUUUGCCGGAGGCAAUGCGUUUGCCUUAAAGCUUUCAAAGCACAAAGGAAAUUGGAUCGAUUGUGGACUGCAAUAAUUUCAAAAUGCGUAUGCAAGUUAAGCUAGAAAUUGGCCAUAAGGCUGCCUGUCGUUUGGAACCAACUCCAGAGGGAUUUACACACGACUGGACAAUUUUUGUUCGUGGAUCGGAAGGGAAAGAUAUCUCACAUUUUGUAGAGAAGGUUAUUUUUCAUUUGCACGAGAGUUUCCCGAAGCCCAAACGUGCAAUAAAGGACCCACCAUACAAAUUGGAUGAGUCUGGCUAUGGCAGCUUUGAACUUAAAAUUGAAGUUUGUUUUAAAACAAAAGAUGAACCAAGGAGAGUGCAUUUUACCUAUGACCUGUUCCUACCUCUGAGUGGUCUACCUCCUGUCACAAGUGUUCGGACAGAGGCACUGACCUUUACCCAUCCCACUGAGGAUUUUAUGAGGAAGCUGGUGAAAGGGGGAGGUAUGCCUAUAUCCAGUGUGAAUGGUACUUUGAGUAAUGGCGUUAGCAAUGGCCAUCCUGCACCAAAGGAAGAGAUAAAAGAACCUGUUCCGAAGAGCAAUUCUAAUAUGAAUGACAAUGAAAAAUCUAAAAAGAUCAAAAUUCCUAAAUCAAGUGCAAAACCUACUUCUGCUGUAGUAGGAAUGAAACGAUCACCUCCUUUGCAUGAACAGACAAUUACUGAUGGAGUUCCAAAAAAGAAAAAGAAAUCUGAUGGGUCCAGCUCAAAAGUAAACACUCACAAGGUGAGGCUGUUAAACCACCAGCGUCACACCUUUGAAGACAGUGAAAGACUUAAAAGUAAAAUUCAAACCAUCUUGCCAAAAGAAGCUUCCGAGAAGGAGAAAAAAAGAGAGCCAUCUGUGGAUGGCCAUCAUAAAACUAAGACUUUAAAAGGAAAAGAAUCCAAAAGCCAUAAAUCUGAACAUUCUGAAAGCAAAAAACUGGAUUCAAGUGAGCAUAAAGUAAAAGUCAAGAAGAAAUCCGAGAAAGGAGAGAAAUUGGAAAAGAAGAAAAGUGGUGAGAAAAAGGACAAAAGUAAAUCAAAGAAAGACAAAAAAGUGAUUGAAAAAGUGACAAUUCGCCGAAGUUCAGGCGACAGUUGGGCAAACGCUGGUGGACUUAUGUCAAACCUUGUUGCCAAAAACAAAGCAUUGGGAAAACUUCUUAGUGAGAUGUCUAGCGAUGAGGAUGAGGGAGACCUCCCCACGCCAUUUAAACAUGAACUCUCGCCUGUAUCAAAGAACAUUCACAAAGAGAAGAGUGACUUCCCUGCCCCAUUCAAACAUGAACCCCCACCACCCGCUGUAAUAAAGUCAAGCCACAAAGAAAAGAGUGAUUUACAGACCAAUUUAAAUCACGAAUCUUCAUCUCUGCCAAAGAAUGCUCACAAGGAACACAGUUCCCAUAAGGAACCAAGUACCCACAAGGAACAUAGUACCCACCAGGAACACAGUUCCCUGAAGGAACACAGUAUUCACCAGGAACACAGUACCCAUAAGGAUCCAAGUACCCACAAGGAGCACAGUUCCCACAAGGGACAGAGUGCCCACAAGGAACUCAGUUCCCACAAGGAACAUAUUAUCCACAAGGAACACAAUUCCCAUAAAGAACACCAUUCCAAGGACCAAAUUGCCCACAAAGAACAAACGUUAAACAAGAAUAGUUUAAAUAGUUCCAAGAGUAUAGAGAACUCUGGUCAUAUUAGCAGCGAAAAUGCGAGUCAAGUUGAAAAUAACACUAAGGAAGUGCUUGAAUCAGAUGAAGCAAUACAGACGACUUCAGCUGUGGAAAAUGGCAUUGUAGAGAAUAAGAAGAAUGAUAACGAUAGAGUCUCGAAGCAAGAACUGUACGAUUUGUACGAACAGAUUACGAAAUGUGAGGACAGCGAGUUUUUGCAAAAAAUCGUCGAUGUUAUUGAGACCACAGGGCAUUUCACCGUCGCAGAAAAAACGUUUGAAUUCGACCUCUGUUCUUUGGAGAAAACAACGUUACAAAAAUUGCAAAACUGUUUGGGGAAAGGGUAAUUUUUUACUUCACGAAAAGUGUAUUGUUUUGUGCUUUGCGCAAGUUUUAAUGCGGUUUGUUUUCGUGGGCAUGAUAGAUUACCUUUGAGGAAAAUGGUGCUUGUUCUGUGUGUGUUUUUUAAAAUGUUGUU